AGAGCGGCGGCGGCGCCUCAGCGUUUUUCACUGUAACAUUACUGUAUGAGGGACUGGACCGACUAACAGCGUCUGCUGCACGGUGUAGGCACUUUACACAGACUUAUUAAUAAGUGUAGUGUUUAUUUGAUAAGGCGGGGUGCUCCAGCUGGUCACAAUGACAGCGCUGUCGCUGCUUUUAAUGGUCGUGUCGGCCGCAUCUGUACUGGCCGAGUCCACUGUGUAUCUGCGGGAGCAGUUUGAAGAUGGGGAUGCCUGGAAGAGCCGCUGGGUUGAAUCCAAACACAGGUCAGACUUCGGCAAGUUUGUCCUGACUGCAGGAAAGUUCUACGGAGAUGCAGAGAAAGACAAAGGUCUGCAGACGAGCCAGGACGCCCGCUUCUACGCCUUGUCAUCCCGUUUUGAUGACGUCAGCAACCAGGGCAAAACUCUGGUCAUCCAGUUCACUGUGAAACAUGAGCAGAACAUUGACUGCGGUGGGGGCUACAUUAAACUGUUCCCCUCUGGUCUCAACCAGGAGGACAUGCACGGGGACUCCGUCUACAACAUCAUGUUCGGUCCUGACAUCUGUGGCCCCGGCACAAAGAAGGUCCAUGUCAUCUUCAACUAUAAAGGCAAGAACCAUCUGAUUAACAAGGACAUCAGGUGCAAGGAUGAUGAGUACUCCCACUUGUACACACUGAUUGUGAACCCAGACAACACUUACGAGGUCAAGAUCGACAAUAAGAAGGUCGAGUCUGGCAAUCUGGAGGAUGACUGGGACUUCCUGCCUCCCAAAAAAAUUAAGGACCCUGAAGCCAAAAAGCCAGAAGACUGGGAUGACAGGGAGAAGAUUCCCGACCCUGACGAUAAGAAACCAGAGGACUGGGACAAGCCCGAGAACAUUCCAGAUCCUGAUGCUAAGAAGCCUGAUGACUGGGAUGAAGAGAUGGACGGAGAGUGGGAGCCACCUAUGGUCGCUAACCCUGAAUACAAGGGUGAGUGGAAGCCCAGAGAAAUCGACAAUCCUGCCUACAAGGGCAAGUGGAUCCACCCUGAGAUUGACAACCCGGAGUACACAGCCGACUCUGAGAUCUAUAAAUACGACAGCAUCGGCGUGAUUGGACUCGACUUGUGGCAGGUCAAGUCUGGUACCAUCUUUGAUAACUUCCUGAUCACCAACGACCCAAACCUGGCAGAGGAAGUUGGCAACGACACGUGGGGUAAAACUAAGGAUGCAGAGAAAAAGAUGAAAGAAAGCCAAGAGGAGGAGGAGAGGAAGAAACGUGAGGAAGAGGACAACCAGAGGAGAGAGGAGGCGAAGGAGGAAGACGAGGAGGAAGAGGAGAAGGAUGAGGAGGAGGAAGAGGAAGAUGAGGAGGAGGAGGGUGAGGAGCAGGAGGAGGAAGAAGAGGACGAUGAAGGCACAGACUCUAAACUCAAGGAUGAGUUAUAAACUCGGUGCAGGAACUGACUGUCGGUGUCAAUGAGCCAUCGGAGCGAGGCUGGAGACUGAUGAGAUGAUAGACCCUCAUGACUGACACCCUGGGGUGGGGC